AUGACCCGCCAAUCUUCGGCGAGCUUCGCGCAGUUCUUCCCUGCAGCCCCCCGCGUCGCUAGGGACAGAGCCAACGAACGAGAGAAGGCAAAGGCUAAGGUUCAAGACUCGGCAGGUGGCCUGCUUAGCGGCUCCAAGAGCAGCGGCACCCCUUCGGUCAACGGCAUAACUGGAGAAAGGUCAUCCACGGCUGAUGGCCUACCUUCCGACACCUCGCAACAGCCACACGACGGUCAUGAGUCGCCCCUAGGAGAUACUCUCAACGCUGUCGGAUCUGCGAGCUCUUACGCGAGUACGGGCUCAUCCGUCUUCAGUACAGCUGCGCGACAAGCUGUCUCCAGCGGCAUAUCUCAUAUCCCUCCAUCCAGCGGCACGCCGCUCACCUCCAUUGAAUCACCUUCAUACUCAGGCAAUGCUGCCUUACCGAAAACGACUAUGCCACAAGCACAAAACACCGAUCGGGGCGAGGCAGCGGUCUCUCUCAAUACCCCAACAUCCCGCCUAAACAGCUCACUCCCGGAGCCAUAUCCUCAAAUUGAGCGCAUUCCUGCGCGAGAUCCCAACCGAUCGCGAAAAGGCAUCAAGUGCACAUAUGAUCCCUUCAACGACCGGACCCUAUCGAAGCACGGCAGAAAAGAUGCCAAGCCGAUAUAUAAGGAGUUUGGAUUGACGUCAAUUGGUCCUGGGCCGCCUACACAGAUUGUCGUUACUGGCUUCAAUCCUCUCAUCACCUUUUCAAAGGUGACAGCGGCCUUUGCCUCGUUUGGCGACAUUGCUGAGAGCAGUAACAAAAUGCAUCCUGAGACGGGCAGCUACCUGGGUUUCGCAACGUUUCGGUAUAAGGAUGGGCAUCCUAGCAGAUCGAGACCCAACCCCAUUGUGGCCACUGAAUCAGCGCGCCGAGCUGUUAAAGCCAUGCACGGGCAACGAAUCGAGGCAAACACAAUUCGAGUCGAAUACGAUCCUGAGGGAAAGAAAAGUCGCCGCAUGCUUGAGGAGGUCUUGCAGAAAGACAGAGUUACACGAGAUGCCUCUAUUGCAAAGGCGCCGCCGACCGGCCCUCGAAUCGCGCCCGAAAAGAUUCCUGGGCCACCACCCAUGGCACCAAAAGGUCCUUCUUCUCACAGACAGGCCGUGGCUGGGGUACCUGCUUGGGUUCCAAGCCAACCGAAGAUGCACAUUGCACUCGAAGAGAAGGUUAUCGCGAAGCAGCUUGCAGGCGAGCCUUACAUCUUCGUUGCGCACGAGCAUGUCCCAGUCAUGGUUACGACCAUACCUCACAUGAAGAAGCGACUCAAGGCAUUCGCCUUUGAGGACAUUCGCAUUGACCGAACGGGAUACUACAUUCUGUUUCCCAACUCAUUUCACGGACGCAACGAGGCCUCGAAGUGCUACAGAGCAGCCAAUCAUACCGACUUGUUUACGUACAACAUGGUGAUGCAACUAUCGCUCCCGCCUUCGACAGGCCAAGAUUCCGAAUCUGCAGCUCCGCCACCACGACGGCGAACCCCCAGCCCCGAGCGCAAACGCCGAACGGAUAUACGAGUGCGCGAAGAUAAGGACCGUCGUCGUCGGGAAGAGGAAGCAGAUCUUGAGGAAGAGAAGCGACAGAGAGCUAAGAACUUUGAUCCGGUCCUCGAGGCCUGCGAAGUGGUCACCCGAGAGCUAGCAGAACAUUUGAUCAAACAUAUACGGACAAGAGUUGCGGCUCCUGCUCUGACUGGCUUUCUGGACCCAGCAAAUCAUGCAAGCAAGCGACGAAAGCUCAACUUGGAGGACCCAGCUGGAUCUGUUCCGUCUGUCACCAUCGAUGCCGGCGAUGAGAGCCCUGGAGUUAGCACACCUAACUCUGGCGCGGAUCCAAUUGAGCGUCGCACAGGUCGCCUGGAAAUCGCAGCUCUGCCGCGUAUCCGUAAGGCUAAGGCUACUGCCCAAGGAGCAUCACGCAAUCAUGGCUUCACAGACCCGUUCUCCCGCAAGCGCGCAGCACAACAGAGCCGUGGUGCCUUCCGAUCAUUGCACCAUCGUCUCAAGAGCUACGACAGCGAUGCAGAAUCCGAUGAUGAGGCCGCCGUCAGGGAGUCUCUGGCGAGGGAUACUGAAGAGCCUGACUCUCGACCCCGUAGCCGUAUGAGCACAGACGACGACGUCAAGGACGAGUUUGCCUCCUGGGGUCCCGGCGAGGAGGACUCUAUGACUGAGGCGAGCUUCGCUAUUGGCGAUGGUCUAGCCUCGACGAAGAAGAGGAAGCUCGACCUAGAGAUCCAAUCGGCGAUCAAGCGUCAGAAGAAGUCUGAUGAAGAACUAUUUGGAGUCAACUUGGAGGGCGUCGAGCCUGACUUGCUGGCUUCUUCAGAGGCCACCCCCGAUGUUGAUCUACUCGAGACACAGAGCAAUCGCUCGGAGACUCCUGCGCUAUCAGCUGCCAAGGGGCUAGCAAAGAAGCAGAAGUCAAAGAAGAAGUCCAAGAGGCAAAUAUUCGAGGAAAGGGAGGCUUUGAAGAAGCAGCAAGUCCAGGUUCUCACAGAGACUGAAGAAGAGACACCAGCUCCUGUUAAACCCCUGCUGGAAGAGGUUGAGACCGAGGUUUUACCAGUGGAGAAGAAAGAGGAAGAGCCAGAGCCGCAAAAGGCCAAAGCAGAUCCCUCGUUAUUCACUACCACGCCAGCUCCAGCCCUCGGUCUGUCUGGUGAUUUCAGGCUCGAUAUCUCUGCAUUGCAAGAGCUGUCAUUAUCUGCGGCUGACAGCCCAGACAUAUCGAAACUCAGGAAGAGGUUUACUGGAACAGAUUUCGGAGACCCGCUUCUGUGGUUGUGGCGGCGUAAUCGUGUUCGAGAGCUCAACUCUGCCACUGGAUCGGUUGACCAGGCUGUGGGCAUCGACGGCUACUAUGUACCCAACUCCACCGGCGCUGCACGAACCGAGGGUGUCAAGAAGAUCCUCAACGCCGAAAAGUCCAAGUAUCUACCUCACCACAUCAAGGUUCAAAAGGCCAGAGAAGCACGUCAAGCGCGGUACAAUAAGGACGGCAAAGACGCAGCCAUUGAAGCUAGCAGACUUGCUGUAGCAGAAAAGGCCGUGGCGAAGGGCAAUUCGAGAGCAAAUCGUGCCAACAACCGUCGUCAUGUCUCUGCACUCCAAGAUGAAAAGAAGAUAUCGGGCGACUCUGACGCGUUCAAGUUCAACCAGCUUAAAAAGCGGAAGAAGCCUGUCAAGUUUGCCCGCUCUGCUAUUCAUAAUUGGGGUCUAUAUACGGAGGAGAAUAUCAACAAGGAUGACAUGAUCAUCGAGUACGUCGGCGAGCAGGUCAGACAGUCAAUUUCGGAGAUUCGGGAGAAGCGUUAUCUCAAGAGCGGCAUGGGCAGCAGUUACCUGUUCCGCAUCGACGAUAACACAGUCAUCGACGCAACCAAGAAGGGUGGCAUUGCUCGCUUCAUCAACCACAGCUGUAUGCCCAACUGCACUGCCAAGAUUAUCAAGGUCGACGGAACCAAGCGCAUCGUUAUCUAUGCGCUCCGCGACAUUGCUCAACAUGAGGAGUUGACAUACGACUACAAAUUUGAGCGCGAGAUUGGCAGCUUGGACCGCAUCCCCUGCCUUUGCGGUACGGCGGCGUGCAAGGGAUUCCUCAACUAA